GAAAUAAGAGAACUGACCAAUAAAGAGAAUUGGAAACAUUGUCCUGGUCAUUUGAAUCCAGCUGACCUGCCGUCUUGCAGAUGUUCCGGACACAAUCUUGUGGGUAACGACAAGUGGUUGAAUGGUCCUGAUUUCCUGCAACUACCCAAGGACCAAUGGCCAACCGAUCCUCAAUCGACCCAACAUGAUGAAUUGGCUAAUACUGAGAUUAUAAAAAAAAACCUUAGUUACCCACUCCUUAACAAGCCAUUGAAAAU